GUCUCGCAAACCCUUCGCAAGCAGAGCAGAGCGGCAGCGCAGAGCGAUACCUUCCGAGAGGGCCCGGGCCCUGAACGGGACCCGGACCCGGAUCUAGGCUGGAGAGCGCGGUUCCUCCCAGUAGCUGAAGAAAGAUAACCCAGCUCCGACCGCUAUCGUAAUCUUGCUAAGAAACUUCCUCACCAGCACUGCCCUGAGUCAAUAAGAACUAAGACACAAGCUGCCAUCAUACCAUGGGAAAUCACCUUACAGAGAUGGCACCGAAUGCCUCUGUCUUCCUGCCCCACUUCCAGGCCUUGCACGUGGUGGUCAUCGGACUGGACUCAGCAGGAAAGACCUCCCUACUGUACCGGCUCAAAUUCAAAGAGUUUGUCCAGAGUGUACCCACCAAGGGCUUCAAUACAGAGAAAAUUCGAAUGCCCGUGGGAGGGUCUAGGGCCAUCACCUUUCAAGUGUGGGAUGUAGGAGGCCAGGAGAAGCUGCGGCCAUUGUGGCGGUCCUACACACGGAGAACUGAUGGGAUGGUGUUUGUAGUGGAUGCCACUGAGGCAGAGCGGUUGGAAGAGGCUAAGAUAGAACUCCACCGGAUCAGCCGGGCCUCGGACAACCAAGGCGUGCCUGUGUUGGUGCUGGCCAACAAGCAGGACCAGCCUGGGGCUUUGAGUGCAGCAGAAGUGGAGAAGCGGCUAGCCCUCAAAGAGCUGGCCGCUGCCACUCUCACCUACGUUCAGGGCUGCAGUGCAGUGGAUGGACUGGGACUGCAGCCUGGGCUGGAGAGACUUUAUGAGAUGAUUCUCAAAAGAAAGAAGGUGUCUUGGGCUGGAACUGGGAGGAAGAGGUGGUGAAGCCAGAGACCUGUGAUGACCCCACCUAUUCUGGGAUUCUAGGGCCCUGUGUGCCCCUCUGCUCUUUUUAUGAAGGACCAGGAGCUCCCAGCCUCCAAGAACAGGAGCAUUGGAAAAGAACCUUCUUUAUACUUCCUUUUUGAAUGCCUUCUGAGGGGUUAAGAUUUUGUAACACCACCUUCCCCACUCAGUCUCCCAUUAUGUAAAGUGGAGGCUGAUGGAGCUGUGGACUCAAAAUUCAAAUGUGACUCUACCUCAUCCCUACUCCUACUUUUUUCCUUCUAGGUUUGAAAAAAAAUCAGGAUGGUUUUGUGUGGAAGGGGUGAAGUUUGGAAAAUGGACACAAGGUUGAACUUGAACUCCCUCCUCCUGAAUUUUAAAUUUUUAGUCUAUAUUUCAGACCCUAAGGGUUUGUU